AUUUCUUUUUGAAGAUGAAUUUCAGCUUUGUUUUUCCAGUUUAAAAAUGAACGUGAUGUCAGUUUGAUCGAAAAAGGAGUACAGAGACGAUUUUCAUAUUUGUUUCAAUAACAUAAAAUCAACGGUUUCUGGGUGUUCAAAUUUCUCGAAGUCACACCUAAGGCUUCAGUGGGAUAUUUGUGUCGUGAGCCUACCAUAAUUCACCACAUGGAUUCAUUUAUUGAAAACUCGAUCAUAGUCAACGGUUCGGACGAAUUCAGUUCAUUCGAAAUUGAAGAAUCGAUCAUCGGCGACCAGGGAUUACGAAAUGAAUCUUCAACGCCGUCGAAUCAUAAGACACAGUUCAACAAAGAAAAUGUGUCGAUUGCUGAGCGAUGUUAUAGAUCGCAACCGAAAGAUUCCAGCGAUAGUUCCGAAUCAGAGUCAGAAGCGGAUGCAAUUGUUUUGAGCUCUGACGAUGAAGCAACCUCACAGAACGAAGUCGAUGCAACACGCAAUAAAACUGUUGAAACCAGUGCCGCUUUAGAUAGCAGUUCUUCGAGCAGCGUUGAUGAAUCUACCUACGUGGAAGUUACUCAGGGUGUGUACAAUGUGCACGUUGCAAAAAUUAAAGACAUCACCAAUCGCAUCAAUCAGUACGAAAAAUUGCUGAAGCUCAGUUCACAGUUGCCAGAUAAAGGACAAAAGCUGAAACAGUUUGUGGUCAAUCUCAGCUCGGAUCUGGCUGAACAGCAGACCAUUUUGAAGAAAUUGAGAGUCAAAGAGACUCGUCAAAUUACAAUUGACUUCCAAAAUUUGUCGAUCAACGAAAGUCAAAAUAAGUCAUCAACUCUGGCUGAACUGUCCUACGAUGACAACGAUACCAUUGCGAACCUUUUCCAAGAGAUUAAAAAUUCCGAAAAAUCGAUGCCAAAAGCAAAGGACUUCGCCGAUCAGCCUCGUCUCAUCAAGGGUCAACUGAUGCCCCAUCAACGACAUGCAUUGGCUUGGAUGAUUUGGCGAGAAGAUCAGUAUCCGAAAGGUGGCAUUUUGGGCGACGAUAUGGGGUUAGGGAAGACACUGACCACAAUUUCGUUGAUCGCACGGCAUUUCGAAACGAAACGUUUGGCAGAGAAUGACAAAGAGGACAAAGCAGCAUCCAGAGGUGGAACACUAGUUGUAUGUCCUGCUAGUGUCAUUCGACAAUGGGAAGACGAGAUCAACAAAUUCACCAAUUUUUCGUUGAGUGUGUGCGUUCAUCACGGUGAUAAACGGUCUGACAAUGUGAAUGACCUCUGUUCGCAUGACGUUGUGAUCACGACCUACGGCAUUGUUCGAACUGAAGUGGAAAAAAAUUACGUCCUCAAUCGCAUCAAAUGGGAUCGCAUCGUGCUGGACGAAGCGCACACAAUCCGCAACUACACCAGCAAGCAAUCGUUAACGUGCUGUCGAUUACAAGCGAAACGAAAAUGGGCCCUGACCGGAACACCGAUUCAAAACAAGCAUGCAGACGUUUUUGCGCUGAUAAAAUUCCUGGAUUGCAAUCCGCUGAACGAUUUCACAACGUGGAAAAAUUGGACGAAAAACAAGGCCGAACAGAAGAUCAGCUACAUUCUCAAAUUCUUGUUGCUUCGACGAACCAAAGCCGAGCUGGGCAAAAUCGGGGAAAUUAGCUCGUUACCCGAGAAAACGUUAGAAAUCGUUCCGGUGCGAUUGACCGCUGACGAACUGAAGGUGUAUGAAACGGUGUCCUCAUUCUCCAAAAUAUUAUCCGAGCAAUUUCGGCAACAACAGAAUGCGGAUGACAGUGGUCGGUCGUCGCAAAAUACUCCCUCCAAAGAUCUGCAAAAGGCACUCGAUUUCUUCACGAUCUCCGGAUCCAUAGCCACAUCCCAUAUUCUGUUGGUCAUUUUGCGACUGCGACAGAUAUGCAUCCAUCCGAAUCUGAUUGAUGCGAUGCUGAUGGCGGAGGACAUACGCGAUAUUUCGGGCCAGGAAGGUCUAUUGGAUGAAAUGAACGAAAUGACAAUCAACAGAACAAAUGUCGAUCAGAAAUUGCUUCGAACAAAUCCGGUGUUUGAUGCACAACGACCGAGCUCUAAGUUCGAGUCCAUUUUACAUAUUAUGCAGACGAAGGUCAUUGAUCGUGGGGAAAAGGCGGUUGUGGUUUCACAAUUUACAAGUGUUCUACAAUUGUUUCAAGAGCACCUGAACGGACAUGACAUCAAAUUUUUGGUGCUAACGGGAUCGACAAAGGUUUCUCACCGGCAGACCAUUGUCCAAUCCUUCAACGAGGAUGCAGACGAACAGGUCCUGCUGCUUUCGCUGACUGCUGGUGGAGUCGGUCUGAAUUUAUGCGGAGCGAACAAUCUCUUUUUCAUCGAUCCGCAUUGGAAUCCGCAACUAGAGAGUCAGGCAGAAGAUCGCGUUUAUCGAAUUGGACAAACAAGACCGGUCACAAUCUACAGGUUUAUUUGCGAAGGAACUAUCGAGGAACGGAUUCAGAAACUGCAAGAUCGCAAGAAGAGUGUCGCUAAGAAUAUUUUGAGCGGCUACAAGUUGAACAUUAACGAUAUGAUGGCAUUGAUUUGAGAGGUGUGUCGUGCAAUUUUUUUAUAAUAAUUUGUGAUGUUUCGUCGAGCGACAAUAAAAAUGGGCGCUACCGUUACCAUGUAAAUAAAAUGGUCGUUUU